AAAUUUCAAUUUUAAAGACAAGAGAAAUAACCACCCCCUUAUUAUAUUAUAUUAUAUUAUAUAAUAGUAUUAAUCACAUACAAAGUUAGAUCAUAUAAUACAUAUAGUAUAAUAUCAUUAUCAUCAUCACACAUAAAUAUAAAUAACCAUAUCAAAAGUAAUAAUAAUAAUAAUAAUAAGAUAGUAGGAUAGUAAAGAGAUUAUACACGUACAUAUAUAUAGAUAGAUAUAAAUGAAUAUUUAUAUACCAGUUCCAAUUUAUGUUUCACUAAGUGUAUUAAUUUUUUCAGCAUGUAUCGGAAAUAUAAUAAUGAACCCUCACCCUAAUAACAUAAAUUUACAUAGGGUUGGGGAGGACCCAAGUAUUCGCCAGCAAUUGGUGGGAAAUCCUGUUAAUUUGGCAGUGGUAAUAAAUACAAUAUUCACUUUGCUUAUAAUAGUUGGUAAAUUUAUACAGUAUUUGUUUUUUGGUCAACUUCGAGACAUAGAGGCUAGAAAUUUUAAUGACAGAUUGUGGACAUAUGUAGUUUCAAAGUUAAUUUUUAUAUUUGCAGCAAAGGAGCCAGAGUUAAAUUCAUUACUGAUUUGGGGAUUUUGGUUUUCAAUUUUAUGUUGCUUAAAAUUAUUUUCAUUAUUAUCAAGAGAUAGAUUCGAUUAUUUAAAUACCUUUUUACCAAAUACCCAUGCAAAAAUUCAUUUAAAGUUGUUGAUGUUAUUGGUUGGAAUUUUAAUUAGUGAUUUAGUUUGGUUUUAUUUUUCAAUUUCCUAUUUUUUUAAAGAGGGUUUAUCAAAUUUAAUGUUGUUAAAUUUUGAAUGUUUUACAAUUUUCUUUGAAACUAUUCAAACUUUAAUAAAAUAUUCAAUUCAUUUAUUUGAUAUGUCUUCAGAGAGUGUUUGGGAUAAAAGAGGUCAAUAUAUCUAUUAUACAGAAUUCUCAACAGACUCUGUAAUUUUAGCAGGUACAUGUGCACACUUAAUUCAUAUUAUUAUUAUUCAAGGAUUCACCCCUACAUUACUCCAUGUAGUAAUGUUUUUUUAUUUCAAAAUGGUAUUUGGCAAUUUAAAUAGAAAGAUUACAGCCUAUAGAAAUUAUUGUAAAUUAACAUCUGAUAUGGAUAAUUGCUAUCCAAAUGUAUCUGAAAAAGAUUUAGAAAACUAUAAUGAUGAUUGUGCAAUUUGUAGAGAUAAAAUGGUAACAGCUAAAAAAUUACCAUGUGGUCAUAUUUUCCAUCAUUCAUGUUUAAGAGCAUGGUUAGAACAGCAUCACUCAUGUCCAACUUGCAGAAGAAGUUUAAUUGAUGAGCAUAAUCAACAUUUAGUAGCAAAUACAGAUAUCAACAACAAUAAUAAUAAUAAUAAUAAUAAUAGACAGGAUAUUAAUACACUAUAUUCCACAGGUGCAACAAUAAUAUCACCAAUGCCAACAGCAACAGCAACAACAACAACAACAACAGCAACAGCAACAAAUUCUAUAAAUAACAUUACACAAACAAAUUCUAUUACAGAGGGAGGAUAUAUUAGUGGUAGUGGUGGAUCAUUAUCUAGAUCAUCAUUAACAACCUCGCAAUUAAAUAAUUUAAUCCACAAUGCAAAUUCUAUUCAUGCUUUAUUUGAAAAUAUUCCUAUUCAAACUAUUCAAAGUGAUUUAUUACAAACAAAUAGUGUAAAUAGAACGAUUGAUAAUAUUUUAGAAGGUAGAUUGGUAGAAAAAACAUCAAAAACAACAAAUAAUUCAAAAUCUUCUUCCUCCUCUUCAGAUACUUUUUCAUCUUCAUCAUCUUCAUUAAGCCCAAAAAAUAAUAGUGAAGAAAGUAGUGAUAGUAAUAGCAGUAGUAUUAGUUCAACAAGUAGUGGUGGAGAUAUAAACACUAGCAAAAUCGAAAAUUUAAAUAGUGAAGGUGAAAGCGAAAGGGUUUCUAAUUCACUUUUUGUUAAUAAUUUAAAUAAUAAUAAUAAUAAAAAUAAUCAUUCAAAGAAUGAUAAUGUAAAUAAUAAUAAUAAUAAUAAUAAUAAUAAUAAUAAUAGUAAUAGUGAUAACAAUAAUAAUAUUAAUAAUGAUAACAAUAUUAAUAGUAAUAGUGAUAAUACUAUUAAUAAUAAAAAUAUAGAUAUAAAUAGCACAGAUAAUAAAAUAUCAAUUAAACCUUUAGAAAAGUUUUCUGAUACAUUUAAAGCAACAUCACAAGAAAGAUUGACAAGUUUACAACAAAGGAAGAAAUCAAUGUUGGAAGCUUCAAGAAAACAAUAUCUCGACAGUAUGGAGCUAAAGUUUAAAGAAUAAAUAAAAUAAAAUAAAAAAGAAAAAUAAAUUAUUUUCUUUUUAGCUAUUUAUAAUU